AAAAGCAGAAUGUGCGUAUUCAUUGAAUUAUUGUUGCAAACGACGUCAGACCAGAGAUAUGGAAAUGUUAAGAGCCGCGCUAAUUCUGUUGGUGUUAUGUAUUGUUAAUACUACAUUCGCGCAAUAUAGACUUCAAGAGUCUCUAUCACCACAGGCGUUAAGGAUCCAACGACAAGGAUACAACGUCCCAGCAACUAUCUCGUCUUUAGAUUUUCUAUCAACGCCACAAACACAAAUACCGCGACCUCGGUAUGGAUUCAAAAAAACAUCGAGAAAAAAUUCAAAAGUGGCGAAACGACAAUAUUUGGCUGAAGUCUUCAAACAGUCUGCGAUAAAGAACAUGGUGGCCGCGGCGAACGCGUGCAGCAAGAACGCCGUCAACCUGCCGCUGUCAAACCAACUGACGUAUCAAAAUAAUGUUGCCAGCGACAUUUCAAAAUGGCGUUUAUAGUUAAUUGUUAAAUCAAGCUAAUUUAUAAGUUAAGCUAUUAUUUAUUGUAAUAUUAAGUUAUUAAAUCAUAAUAUUUAUGUUAUUAUUAUUUUUA